GUUUCCGCCGCAGCAGGGGCCGGUCACGCUCACUCCCGAUCUCUUUCUGCAGCCAUCUUGGUUCCGCGUUCCUCUCACAAAAUGCCCGGCGAAGCGACAGAAACCGUCCCAGCCACAGAGCAAGAGUUGCCACAGCCCCAGGCUGAGACAGCUAUGCCCCCUGUGUCUUUUAGCGCUGCUUUGGCACAGCCUGGACCUGUUCCUCCCCUUCCCCCUCCUCCCCUUUCUUCUUUCUCUCCCAAUCCCCAGCCCCUUUGUCCUUUGACUACACCUGACCCACCCUCCCCAUUUUCUCUUCCUUCUGUAGCACCCUUUUCCCAGGCAUCCCCUUUGGCAACCCUGCCAUUAGGAACUGGUCCUCCCCAAGCUCCAGCCACUUAUACUUUGCCACCAUCAUCCCCCAUGGCCACACCAGCCUUUCUCCCAGACCUUAUAGGACCUCCCAUCUCCCCAGCUGCCCUAGCUCUGGCUUCCCCUAUGAUUUCUCCAGCCCUGAAAGGUGCCCCUUCCUCUUCAGCUCCUUUGUCUCUGGUGGCCCUGGCACCUUCCUCUGCUCAAAAGAGCCUGGAUGCUUCACCAAAUCCAGUGAGCCCGACUCAACCUGGGACAGUCACAUCUCUGUUGAGUCCUACUAAUCCUAAAAUUCCAGUCCCAAAAGUGGCUUCCACCUCUGCCACAGUUCCCCCUCAGGAAUCCACUGACCUAAAAGGCACUUGCACCCCUCCAGCUGUAGUCACUGCUCUCCCACCACAUCCUGGAACUCCUCUAGCCUCUGAGUCAAAUACAGUUCUCCAGACGGCCCCUGCCUUACCUAUUUCAAUCCAGGCUGCUCCUGUGGCCCCCCCUUCUCCAACAGCCCCCUCUGCUGCCUUUACUCCUCUUGUAGGCCCUCCUGUCUCACAUGCAGAACAGAUUGUUUCUCCCAACUCUGGAGCUGCAGCUCAGAUAGGCUCUGAUAAUUUCUCAAAACCUAAAAGCCCUGCUCCGAUUACCAUCCCACUAGGUAUAUCUUCCCAGGGACCUACAACGUCCCCUACAACCCUAGGAUCCCCUGUCACUUUAUUUCCAAAAGACCCUCUGGUUUCUCCUGUUGUAUCCAGUUCACCUGUAGGGAGUCCCUUUUCCUUACUGAUGUCACCUGUUCAGAAAGAUCCUUCUUCCAUAAGCAUAGUCCCUAAAUUGUCUUCUGACCCGCCAUUUGUUGCCACUUCUCCACCAGUUCCCCCUACUUACCCCUUGUCUCCGCCUGUUCUGUCUUUAGGUCCCAAAGCUCCUUGCCUUGGGAGUCUAUCCCUAAAAGGAACCCCUACUCCAGUUGGGAGAACCACACAAGUUGCCACACUGGCUCCCCCUACUGUAACUGCUACUGUACCCAUUUCCCUUGAGGGAGGCAACUGUCCAUUGGGUAGCCCUUUUAUUCCUUCCGAUUCAGCAGACUCCAAGCCCAAGAAGGAAUGUGCUGUUGUCCCUACAGCCUUACCUCUGUCCACUGUCGUUCCCAAGGAUCCUUCUAUUGUUCAGGUUGCAGCCCCUUCUCUUAAGACCCCUGUCUCUCCAGCUCUGAAAGAUCUCACAGAUUCCCAAGUUGUCCCUAUGUCUCCUCUUGGAGUCUCUACUCCAAUCCAAACAGAUUCUCCAACCCAGGAAGUACCUAUUACAUUACCUUUGGCCCAUGUGGCUCUCCCAAGCCCUUCAUCUUCUUCUUUGAAAUCCUCACCAGGUUCUCCAUCUCAGGAAACCACCCCAGCAAAAAAAGAUCUUGUGGGAUCCCCCCUUCCUGCUGUAGUCCCCUCUCUGACAGUACCAACUGCUCCAAACAAAAAUGCAGACAAUUCUACUCUAGAGGUCUCUGGCUUUCCAAAAGUCCCUGUAGCCAAAACAGAUCUUUCUACUCCUUGUCCUUUAGGCUCUCCUCUUGUAGUCCCUGAUAGCCCCUCCAGCUCUGUUAGCCUAGCCCUCAAAGGCUCCCCUACUACCCCAACUAUAGACCCCUCUCCUCAGGGGCUCCUUUUUUCUUCAUCUCAGAUGGACUCGCCAACAAAGAAAAAUCCUGCUGCUCUCCUCACUCUUUCCCCUGUAGCUCCCAAAGAAACCACUAGUAAUCCAGCUGCAACUCUCUCUCCUGCCGCUCCAAAAGGUCAUAUGGCUAUAUCUCCUGAAAGUCCCCAUAUUCCCUCAACUAUUGCUGUUUCUCCCUUGGGAGCUUCUGUCACUCCUCAAACUCCAGAGGUGUUCCCAAAUAAGACAAGCUCUGCUACAAUCCCUGCUUCCUUAACUCUAGCUUCUAUUACUCCCCAAAGUGUACCAGUUCCAUCUGUUUUGCCAGCUACUAUGACUCCAUCCCCCAAAGAGAUUUCUGAUUCCCCAAGAGUGGCCACCUCUCCUUUAGAGAUCACUGUUACUCCUAACAGAUUCCCCCUUGCCUCUGAUCUGGCCUCAGCCACUCCAUCUCCUAAAGGGUCACCUACAUCCCCACUUGUGACUCCACCCCACAAAGGAGGCCCUACUCCACCCACUGUGACUCCUCCACCAUCUCCCAAAAGGAUCUCCACUACUUCACCAGCUCUGCCACCUUCAGCCCCUAAAGAGGCCCCUGCUAUUCCUCCAGCUACAACACCACCAUCUCCCGAAGGAGCCCCUACUGCUCCAAAAGCUGGAGCUCUGCUUUCCCCCAGUGGGUCCCCCACUACUCCACCAGCUGUGCCUCCGGCCCCCAAAGAAGUCCCAGGUGCAAUGCUGCCAUCCCCCAAAGGGUCCCCCACUACACCAGCUGCAGCUCCACCCUCCCCCAAAGGGACCCCCACUACCCCACCAGCUGUAAUGCCACCAUCCCCUAAAGGGGCCCCCAUUACACCAGCUGCAGCUCCACCCUCCCCCAAAGGGGUCCCUACUACACCAGCUAUAGCUCCACCAUCCCCUAAAGAGGCCCCUGUUACACUAGCUGUGCCUUCUCCAUCCUCCAACACUCCAGCUGUAACUACCUCUCCUUUGGAGGCCACUGUCUCUCAAGUUCCUAAAGGACUCCCAGUCAAGAAAGGCUUGGCUACUUCCCCUGCAGCAGCUAAAGGUGCACCCGCUCCUCCAGCUGCUGCUUCUCCAUCCCCCAAAGUCUCUUCUGAUUCCUCAUCGAUAGCCACCUCACCUCUGGAGGCCGCUGUCUCUCCUCAGACUCCUAAAGGGUCCCCAGCCAAGAAGGGCUCAGCUACUUCUCCCACAGCAGCUAAAGGUGCACCCGCUCCUCCAGCUGCUGCUUCUCUGUCCCCCAAAGUCUCUUCUGAUUCCUCAUCGAUAGCCACCUCACCUCUGGAGGCCACUGUCUCUCCUCAGGCUCCUAAAGGGUCCCCAGCCAAGAAGGGCUCAGCUACUUCCCCUGCAGCAGCUAAAGGUGCCCCUGCUCCCCCAGCUGCUACUUGUCUGUCCCCUAAAGAAGCCACCUCACCUCUGGAGAUCACUGUCUCUCCUCAGACUCCUAAAGGAUCCCCAGCCAAGAAGGGCUCAGCUCCUUCCCCUGCAGCAGCUAAAGGUGCCCCUGCUUCCCCAGCUGCUACUUCUCUGUCCCCUAAAGAAGCCACCUCACCUCUGGAGGCCACUGUCUCUCCUCAGGCUCCUAAAGGGUCCCCAGCCAAGAAGGGCUCAGCUCCUUCCCCUGCAGCAGCUAAAGGUACCCCUGCUCCCCCAGCUGCUACUUCUCUGUCCCCUAAAGAAGCCACCUCACCUCUGGAGGCCACUGUCUCUCCUCAGACUCCUAAAGGAUCCCCAGCCAAGAAGGGCGCUGCUACUUCUCUGUCCCCUAAAGAAGCCACCUCACCUUUGGAGGCCACUGUCUGUCCUCAGGCUCCUAAAGGGUCCCCAGCCAAAAAGGGCUCAGCUACUUCCCCUGCAGCAGCUAAAGGUGCCCCUGCUCCCCCAGCUGCUACUUCUCCAUCCCCUAAAGGGGCAGCUGUCUCCCCUCAAACUUCUAAAAGGUCCCUACCCAAAAAGGGUUCUGCUGCUCCAUCCGACUUAGCUCCCAAAGAAGCUCCUACUUCGUCAGAUAUGAUUCCAUCUCCCAAAGAUGGCCCUGUUCCUUCAUCUCCCAAAUCAACUUCUCCUUCCACAGUAUUGACUGUAACCCCUAAAGGGGCCACUAAUCACACUUCUGAAGUGGUCUCACCUUUGGGAGCCAAUGUCUCUCAAGCUCCUAAAGGUCCCCCAACCAAGAAGGGUUCUGCUGCCCCUACAACUCCCAAGAGUACACCUAUUGUCCUGACUCCAAAAGGCCCAUCAGCCAAGAAAGGUCAUGCAACUUCACCCAUUAGGACUCCUUUUACCCCAGCAGCUUCCCCUGAUCCCUCAACUAAGAUUGGUACUACAGAAGCCCCUCUAGGCCAAAAAGGUGCUUCACCCCAGGCUUCUAAAGGUCCCCCUGUUACUGAAAAGGAGGAAGGUCCUGCUUCCUCCUCAAAGGAUCUCAUAAUGCCUAUUCCUGCCCCAUCUUCUCCCUUAGUAGCUGCUGCCUCUGAAUCCAACCUUACUAAGGCUGAGUCAGCUUGUCUCUCUCCAGCUCCCAUCCCACCGGUUUCUUUGCUUCUUGUUCCCUCCCCAGUCCCUCCUCCUUUGCUCCCUAAACAGCAGCCUCUUCUGCCGUCCUCACCUGGGCUGGUGCCCGAAGCACCCUGUAAGCCCCAAGCCCCAGCUGAUGAGGACGAGCUGCCGCCUCUGAUCCCCCCGGAACCACCCUCAGGGGGAGUGCCUUUCCAGCCGGUCCUGGUGGACAUGCCCACCCCCAAACCUACUGGGGUCCCUGCCCCAAUCCCUCCUGCCAAGCAGCCCGUUUUGAAGAACAACAAGGGGUCUGGAACAGAAUCUGACAGUGAUGAAUCAGUACCAGAGCUUGAGGAACAGGAUUCUACACAGGCAACCACGCAACAGGCCCAGCUGGCAGCAGCCGCUGAGAUCGAUGAGGAACCAGUCAGUAAAGCAAAACAGAGUCGAAGUGAAAAGAAAGCACGAAAGGCUAUGUCCAAACUGGGACUUCGACAAGUGACAGGGGUUACUAGAGUCACCAUCCGGAAAUCUAAGAAUAUCCUCUUUGUAAUCACAAAGCCCGAUGUCUACAAGAGCCCAGCUUCAGAUACCUACAUAGUCUUUGGGGAGGCCAAGAUUGAGGAUCUCUCUCAGCAGGCACAGCUAGCUGCUGCUGAGAAAUUCAAAGUUCAGGGUGAAGCUGUUUCAAACAUACAGGAGAACACACAGACUCCAACUGUACAAGAAGAAAGCGAAGAGGAAGAGGUUGAUGAAACAGGUGUGGAAGUUAAAGACAUAGAAUUGGUCAUGUCCCAAGCAAACGUAUCCAGAGCAAAGGCUGUCCGAGCACUAAAGAACAACAGUAAUGAUAUUGUAAAUGCAAUUAUGGAAUUAACGAUGUAACAAUCUGGAGACAAAGACAUUUUUUCAGUGUUUCAGAGAAGAUUAAACGCAACCCGAUUUGAAAUUUGUACUGUUUCUAUCAAUAAAGUUGUGGCUUCUUGUUGGAUGAACCCAGUAGCUGCUUGUUCUGCGCGCACUCCCCAAGAAUGUGGAGACUUCAGAAGCCUGACACAGAUUACUUUAGUACCACUAUUUUGAAUCAGCCCCAGUUGGAGGAAUGCAGGCUUCAGUUUCUUUGUUCAUAACGUAGGCCCUCCCGCUUUUUGUAAGACACCUGGAAUGUGUGGCUUUCUUUUCUUGCAGUGAACACGUCUUGCUACUAGACAUGUUUUUUCCUCUGCCAACUCAAAUUUUUUUCCCACUUCUUUGCUCCUAGUUAAACAUUCUACCGGCAAGCCUUGAAUCAUUUCAUUUGUGGGGGUGAGGGGAAGUGUACUGAGUCCCUUGGCCUUCAUUUAAUUCAUAGUCUUAAAAGACCUUGUAAACUAUGCCCUGUUUUCUGUCUUACAAACAAUUCUUUGGUGGUCUCGUCCUCUGAGGACCAAAGGCUUUAUUGCUGUUACGUUGAAGGGAUGGGGCUAGAGAUAUUGUACGGUAAAGGUUAAAGUGAUCUUUGAGAACAUACUAAUUAGAUUGUAAUCACUUAUUAAAAGCAAAUAACUAAAUCAUAUACAAUUUAACAAUCCAGUGUUCUGUAAAUUAACUGAGGAAGAACUCUGUUUCACAGGAGUUGUUAGGAAAACUGGAAGGCAAUUUUACAGAAAUGGAGUUUAAACUAUACCUUUAAAAAGGUCAAAAUGGAAAUGAAGCCUUAAUUUUAAAGGUCUUGCCAUUAAAAAAAAUUACAACUAUAAUAGUUGUCUUUCAAAGAAGCUGUAGCCAGGGAAGAUUUCUUAACCACAAAAACAAUAGAGGCAGUAAGGAUGGAAUAGAUUAUUUUUGUUUACAUGAAUUUUGAAAGCUCUCUUACAGAAACAAAAUCGAUGAAAAGAUAAGUAGGGAAGCUGUCACUGGGGGGGGAAAUUUUUGCAUCGAAUCUCUUAAAGGAUCUGAUGGCCCAAAUAACACAAGUAGCUAAGAGCAAGAAUCGAGUUCUCAUAAGAAUUCGCAAACCAAAUGGUAUGAAAGCCUAAUUACUAAUAAAUAAGAAAUCAAAAUGUGAGCUUGCAUAACCAAUGAAUUCAUAGAUGUCAAAUGAAGGGCUAGUCAUUGUCAGGAGGGCUGUGUGAUGACAAGGCAAAUUGUUGGUGGAGCUAUGAUCUGUUUGAACCAUUCUUGGGGGAAAAAUUAAAAUACUCUCGGCUCAGAUCCUGCUAGAGAUAGGCCACAAGGUGAUAAAAGACAUGAACGAAGGUGCAGUAUAUUUAUAUAUAAACAUUUAUAGUGGCAAUGAACUAGAAAUAAGAUGUCCAUCAUUUAGGGAAUGGUUAAACUGUGUGUGAAGUAAUGGAAUACUAAUCCAACAUUAAAUAAUUAUCAACAUGAAGAAUUUAGAAAGCACAGAGAGACAAAUUAAUGCAAAGUGACGUAAGCAUAACCAGGAAGACCAAAUACAAAAGAUGUCCAAGUUGGACCCUGGAGAAGAGGUAAGAAAAGGAAUCUCCCCUUAUUUCCAAGAUUAGGGACUACUGAUAUUGAGCAUGUUGUAGUGUAUUAUUUGAUUUUACUGAAAUUUUUAUUGACCUCUUUAUAUAACAUUGCCACAUACAUAGUGAGCCAUCUCAAACAAAUGAUGGGGGGGAAGCAAAAACAACUCUUUUUUUUUAAUGUUCCAUGAAUUCUCACUGGAUGGAAGAGGGCUAUGUUCAGAAAUGAAUAUGAUAUAAAGACAAAAGCAUCAAAAAUAAAAUUACUUUUCAGACAACAUGAAAAGGGCCUUAGGCACCACCUCAACAUCUGGAAAUCUCAAGGAAUUCUGGACAUUCUGGACAGCUGAAGGCUUAUCCCAUUAUACACUAAAGUUGUGUAAAUUGUUAUUAUCUACUUCCCUGCCUUAAAUAUGUAAAACGCUUUGCAAACCCUAAAAAGCACUAUGUAAAUGUUAGCUGUGUUCGUAAAUAAAAUAUCUUGUAUAUA